CGCCCCCGCGCGCAGCCAUUGCGGGCAGGCGCGGAGCUGCCAGUCGGCUCCCUUGCGCUGUCCGGCCCGGCCCCGUCCGGCCCGGGCCCCGGGGACAUGGUGCGGGAAUGGCCCGCGCCGCAGACACCUUCCUGCUGCACCGCCUCGUGUGGCACAACCGGCACCAGGCGCUGGACAGUGCGCUGCGCUCCGGCACGCACGACGUGGAGUUGACGGACCCCCGAGGGCGGACCCCGCUGGAGCUGGCCGUGUCCCUGGGCCACCUGGAGUCGGUGCGGGUGCUGCUGCGGCACAACGCCAACGUGGGCCGGGAGAACGCCAACGGCUGGACAGUGCUGCAAGAGGCAGUGAGCACGGGGGACCCCGAGAUAGUGCAGCUGGUGCUCCAGUACCGUGACUACCAGCGGGCAACGCGGCGUCUUGCUGGCAUCCCCGAGCUGCUCAGCAAGCUGCGCCGGGCCUCUGACUUCUACGUGGAGAUGAAGUGGGAAUUUACCAGCUGGGUGCCUCUGGUGUCCAAGGUGUGCCCCAGUGACGUGUACCGCGUCUGGAAGCGGGGUGAGAGCCUGCGGGUCGACACCACACUGCUGGGCUUUGAGCACAUGACGUGGCAGCGGGGCCGCCGCAGCUACAUCUUCAAGGGAGAAGAGUGCCGAGUGCUGACUCCAUCCCCUCGUGCAGAGGAGGGAGCGGUGGUGAUGGAGGUGGACCACGACAAGCAGGUGGUGUACACUGAGACGCUGGCCCUGGCCCUGCACGAGCCUGACCUGCUGCUGGCGGCCAUGCAGCCCUCAGAGGAGCACGUGGCUGGGCGGCUGACGUCGCCCAUCGUCUCCACGCACCUGGACACCAGGAACAUUGCCUUUGAGCGGAACAAAUCAGGGAUCUGGGGAUGGCGCUCGGAGAAGAUGGAGGUGGUCAGCGGCUAUGAGGCCAAGGUGCCACUGGCAGGGUGUACAGCGCCAGCAAUGUGGAGCUGGUCACCAAGACGAGGACGGAGCACCUCUCAGACCAGGACAAGUCUCGCACUAAAGGCUCCCGCACCCCCUUCCACUCCUUCCUGGGCCUGGCACAGCAGCACGGCACCCACAAUGGGGCACCCGCACCCCCAGCCGCCAGCCCCACCAAUCCCACGGCCAUCACCCUCGAGGAGUACUUUGACCCACACUUCGACCUGGAAGCACGCAACAUCGGGCGCCCCAUUGAGGUGUCCAGCAAGGUUCAAGGCUACGCUGUGGCUCUGCGAGCAGCACCCGCUGUCGCUGGCCGAGCAGGUGACGCCCAUCAUCGACCUGAUGGCCAUCUCCAACGCGCACUUUGCCAAGCUGCGGGACUUCAUCACCCUCAAGCUGCCCCCUGGCUUCCCCGUCAAGAUUGAGAUCCCCCUGUUCCAUGUCCUCAACGCCCGCAUCACCUUCAGCAACCUCUGUGGCUGUGACCAACCGCUAGGCUCCGUACGGGUCUGCAACCCCACUCAGCCCCCCGGUGCCAGGGCGGCUGGGCCUGGAGGAUGGCCGUUCCCGUGCGAGGUGGAGCCGGCGGUGUUCGAGGUGCCGCCGGGAUACACGGUGCUGGGCGCGGGGCGCAGCGAGCCGCCGCGGGACGAAGACGACGACCUCCUGCAGUUCGCCAUCCAGCAGAGCCUGCUGGACGCCGGCACCGAGAGCGAGCAGGUGACCGUGUGGGAAGCGCUGACCAACGCCCGCCCGGGGCCGCGCCCGCCGCCCUACGACGAGGAGCUGCAGCUGGAGCGGGCGCUCCAGGAGAGUCUGCUGCUGCAAGCGGGGCCCGGCCCGGCCGACGGCGAGACCGCCCCCAACCCCGGCUACGGCGGCUUCGCGGAGCAGCUGCGCUUGGCCAUGGCUCUGUCGGAGCGCGAGCAGGAGGAGCGCGAGCGGCGGCGGCGGGAGGAGGACGAGGAGCUGCAGCGCAUCCUGCGCCUCUCGCUCACCGACAAGUAGCGGCCCGGAACGGGGGAGCGGCGCCCGGCGCUCCCGGAGCUGAGCUGCUCCCCCGUCCCCCGCCUCGCCCCAGGGGAGGCGGCUCCCGUCGGAUGUACAUGGACAUAUACAGAGCUUCAUCGACA